AUGCCGCCGAGUCCAGCAAUCCCUCAGUCCACUUCCGAUCCCUACCUGUCAUGUACAUCAUUACCAUCCAAAGCCGCCCCCCGUCUACCUCCGUCCAACCAAUCUGCGUACUUUAAUCACUCCUCCAAGUCGUCCUACUGGCAAGCUUGGAGUAACAUCGGCAAACUAGGCACCUUCAUCCUCCCAGGAAGGAAGAGCACAGAUUGGUCAUCCAGGCAUUCCAACUUAACCGAGGAGAGUCUCGAGGCACAUAAUAGAAGACAAGAAGCCAUUAACAUCCUCCAUGACAAGAACGCAAAAUGCAGUCCCUAUUACAAGGGCCUCGUCGAUUAUUCCCUCAUCAUCAGCCGCGAGAGACAUCAUUUGCCAAUACCCCCAACCAGUCCCUGCCGUGAAAGCCAUGCCACAGCCGUCACUUCCUCUUCUCUUUCAACUUUCAUCUUUAAGAUGCAAGAGUGGAGUUCUUGCUUUUCGAUUUCCUCUAAAUCUAACAACGUCAAGGGCAAGGAGAACAAUGCCCCGGCUGCAGUAAUUGCUACCAGCACUGACAAAAUUAAACCUAUGAAGCCAAGACCUGCAGCUCCCAGUCAUUCUGCCUCCUCCUUCUCUUCUCAACCAUCAGGCAGGACGACCUUAGAGAAGGUGACGCUUGACGUUAAUGCCUUACGAGUUGUUACUGAAGAGAAGCCAUUGAGGGAGAGAGUAUCAGAAUCAAAACCACCUGCUGCAGCACCAUCUCUAACAAAUGAUGAUCAUCGUGACAUACUGGACUGUCCAAGUACUCAUGACGUGAUGAAUAUUGACAGGAAGUUUACGUUGGCAAACAAGUACCAGCCCAAAGCCUUGAAAGAUUUCAUCUGCAAUCGAGAUCAAGCCAUUAGGAUGCAGGGUGUAAUGAGGGACUUUGAUUGCAACCAUUUCAUAUUUGAAGGACCUGCAGGCGUUGGAAAGAGAACCAUGAUAAGGGCCAUGCUUCAGGAAGCCUUUGGACAGGAGAGAGUGCAGGCGAGGGAAGAAUGCAAGUCAUUCAACUUGAAGGGGGAACAAAUUGGAAGUAUACAGGUAAGAGUGAAGGUAUCCUCCCAACACGUAGAAGUCAAUCUCUCUGAUCUCAAAGGCUAUGAAAAGCAAGUCAUUGUUGAGCUCAUCAAGGAAACACAUAAUAAUCAUAAUAAGAGGAUUAUUUCCAACAACCCUAUGAAUCCCAAGUCAAGACUUGAUGACUGCCGAGCAAUUAUUUUGUACGAGGCAGACAUGCUAUCUACAGAUGCCCUCCUCUAUAUUAAGUGGGUGCUGGAGAGGUAUAAAGGAUUCAGUAAAUUUUUCUUCUGCUGCAACGAUGUCUCUAGGCUUCAACCAGUUAGAUCACUUUGCACUGUUGUCCAGCUUUUGCCACCUUCAAAAAGAGAGGUUGUUCAAGUUUUGGAAUUCAUAGCUGAACAAGAAGGCAUAGAAUUGCCAUAUCCAUUGGCUGAAAAGAUUGCUGACAAAUCUAAGAACAACCUUCGUCAAGCCAUCCGAUCAUUUGAAGCCUCCUGGCACGGAAGUUAUCCCUUCACGGAAGAUCAAGAAAUCCUGACUGGAUGGGAAGAUGAUAUUGCAAAUAUCGCCAAGGAUAUGGUUGAAGAGCAAAGCCCAAAACAGUUGUAUAUCAUCCGUGGGAAGCUUCAAAAUCUGAUAGAGCAUGAUGUAUCUCCUGAUUUCGUUUUCGAGUCCCUUCUUGGAGAACUGAAGAAGCAUUUGGAUGAGCCAUUUCAGCUCCAACUCGACGGUCUACAUAAGGACUACAAUAGAAAUGAUGGAAACAUGUUAGAGAUCAGUGAGCACGAACUGAUAUUUCUGCGCAGUCGACAUGAGGAGGCUGAGUUCAUAGCAAAAUUUAUGAGCUUCUACAAGAUAUCAGUCACCAAUAACAAAAGCAUUCAGCAUGAUGAUGACCAUGAAGGACCUUCAUUAAUCUCUCUCUCUCACACACACAGUGAGAUAUGAUCCUUUCUUGCAGAAAAUCAUAUGUGGCAGUACUGUUCGUACAGAUUGCGUUUUCUGGAUAUCACGCAGACGG